AAUCUCCAACUUUUUCAUAAGCAAAAAUUAAAUUAAAAAAUUAACAUAUUUAAUAUCAACUUCAGCUUGAGCGCUAAAGUUUAGUUGAAAUGGCUCGAAGUUGACAUUUCGUGUUACUUUACACAAUUAAUUUUCCAUGCGUCAUGCCCAAUUAAAAAAGAAAGCGCUUUUCUAUCUAAUUACUUGCGGGCUUCCGUACCGCUCUGUCUGCUGGCACUUGGCAUCAGACGGGCAGUGAAACGCAACGUUAAACCGUAAAAAUCCAACGUUUCUGGAUCGGAAAGAUGAGCCGAAAUUAUAACGAUGAGCUGCAGUACCUGGAUAAAAUCGACAAAAACUGCUGGAGGAUUAAAAAGGGAUUCGUUCCCAACAUGCAGGUUGAAGGGAUUUUCUACGUCAACGAUUCUCUGGAGAAACUGAUGUUUGAGGAGCUUCGCAACGCCUGUCGAGGAGGAGGUGUGGGUGGUUUCCUUCCAGCCAUGAAGCAAAUCGGGAACGUGGCAGCGCUGCCCGGGAUCGUGCACAGGUCCAUCGGUCUCCCAGACGUCCACUCGGGAUAUGGAUUCGCUAUCGGAAACAUGGCGGCCUUCGACAUGAACAACCCCGAUGCUGUGGUGUCUCCAGGUGGUGUCGGCUUUGACAUAAACUGCGGCGUCCGUCUGCUGAGGACGAACCUGGACGAGGGAGACGUGCAGCCGGUGAAGGAGCAGCUGGCCCAGUCUCUGUUCAACCACAUCCCGGUGGGGGUCGGGUCCAAGGGAGUCAUUCCCAUGGGAGCCAAGGACCUGGAGGAGGCUCUGGAGAUGGGGGUGGACUGGUCUCUGAGGGAGGGCUACGCCUGGGCCGAGGACAAGGAGCACUGCGAGGAGUACGGCAGGAUGCUGCAGGCCGACCCCAACAAGGUCUCGUCCAAGGCCAAGAAGAGAGGCCUGCCUCAGCUGGGGACUCUGGGAGCAGGAAACCACUACGCCGAGAUCCAGGUGGUGGACGAGAUCUACGACGACUACGCCGCCAAGAAGAUGGGCAUCGACCACAAAGGCCAGGUGUGUGUGAUGAUCCACAGCGGCAGCAGAGGCCUCGGGCACCAGGUCGCCACAGAUGCUCUGGUUGCCAUGGAGAAGGCGAUGAAAAGGGACAAGAUCACGGUGAACGACCGACAGCUGGCCUGCGCCCGCAUCACCUCGCAGGAGGGUCAGGACUACCUGAAGGGCAUGGCCGCCGCAGGAAACUACGCCUGGGUCAACCGCUCGUCCAUGACCUUCCUCACCAGACAGGCCUUCUCCGAAGUGUUCAGCACCACGCCGGACGACCUGGACAUGCACGUCAUCUACGACGUCUCUCACAACAUCGCUAAGGUGGAGGAGCACAUGGUGGACGGGAAGCAGAGGACUCUGCUGGUUCACCGCAAAGGAUCCACCCGCGCUUUUCCCCCGCACCACCCCCUCAUCCCCGUAGACUACCAGCUCACAGGUCAGCCGGUGCUGAUCGGAGGGACCAUGGGAACCUGCAGCUACGUCCUCACAGGGACGGAUCAGGGGAUGACGGAAACCUUCGGCACCACCUGUCACGGAGCGGGUCGCGCUCUCUCCCGGGCCAAGUCCCGCAGGAACCUGGACUUCCAGGACGUCCUGGACAAACUGGCCGACAUGGGCAUCGCCAUCCGAGUGGCUUCACCCAAACUGGUCAUGGAGGAGGCUCCUGAAUCGUACAAAAACGUGACGGACGUCGUCAACACGUGUCACGCCGCUGGAAUCAGCAAGAAGGCGAUCAAACUGAGACCGAUCGCUGUGAUUAAAGGCUGAAGCUGCACGGCUCCGUAUUUAAAGACAAUUUACUGCCAAAAAAAAGAAAAGAGAUGUAGAGACGUUAAGAACACGAGAGACAAAAUGCACAGGAACCUUGAAAAGCAGAAGAUAUUCGCUCAAUUCCGCACUUUUUUUGUUUUUGAGAACAAAGUGAAUUUAUGUUGAAGAGCGUGAAAUACAGCAAAGAAAAAAUUAGAUGGAAAUCUUAUUUUCUGACUGAAAAAAAAAAAAGUUAUUUUUUUUGUUCAUGCCAAAUCUGUGGUCCAAAUAAAGAUGAUCACCGAAAACUGAAUUUCAUGUAAUAGUCUCCGUGCACCACAGAUAUCGAGCUCGCGCUCCUUUAUGUGACGUCGCGCCCGGAAAUGACUCCGGAUCUCACAGUAUAUAAACAUCUCAAGCAUUGGAUCAAUCCAGCCGGAGUCAGAAUGGUCCGUUCCUGGACAUUUAAACACACACAGCACGUUUUUCUCGAUGAGUCAACACUUUAUUGGUUCUAACAGAAGGGUCAUCGCCAUUGUAAAAAAGAAAAAGAAAAGAAAAACAACACAUUUCAUCAUCAGCGAACAAGUUUUUCUUAGACAUGAGCCUCAGCUCUGAAGACGACUUCAAGGAAAACAAGAAACAAAAUAAAAACAAUCUGCAACAACCUGAAUCAUCAUCGAUAAACAUCUAAAGAAGCAGAUUUUUUUCUUGGGUGGUGAUAUCUAAAAUAAUCGGAUGUCCUGGUUUAGUGUGGGUGGUGGGGGGGGGGGCAUUCGGAGGCCGGGUUGUGACCACGACGACGGCGCGACGAGGACCAGUCGCAUCAAAACGUCACCUCCGGCGCCCGUGAGGGGAUGUUUGUCACCCAGGUCCUUUCAGGUUAACAACAGGUGAAUUAAGUGCGGAGGAAGCGCAAAUAUUGACUGAACCCACUGUUUGUCGCUGGUUUUACACUCAUGUUUCAGUGUUGUAACAGACUCGCACGCGUACGGAGUCCGGACUGAAGAAACCUCGAAGGGGAACGGUUCGGUAUUUGUUUCUUUGUGACGGCGACGGGUUUAGUUUAACUCAGAAUUUUACAGUCAGUAAGCAAACAUUUAAUUAACGGUCAUGACACCUUCUGCUGUAGUUGUCAGCAGGUAUAAGCACAUUUUUAAUAGUACAGCAUUUUUUCCCAACGGAAAACUUCUCCUCUGAAGACACCUGAUAUUAUUACAACCAUGUGUUACUGAAUGGUCCAGGUCAUGAAAAGCAGUGAUUUCAAGCUCCUCCAUUAAAAAAAAAGUGUCUUAAUAAGACUUCGUUUUAAUUUGUGAGUCUUAACCGUUGGCUCUAGCCUGCUCUAGGUAGUAAUGUUACAUACAGAAUGUUUGUGUGUGCGAUUUUAGCGAAAACCCGUCGGGAAAUCUCCAGUAUUAAGAUUGUUCCAGAGCUCC